CGGAGCUGGUGGUGGGGAGGGCGGCCGGGCCGGGCCGGGCCGGGCCGGGCCCGGGGGGAGGAGUCGGAGGCCGGGCCGGGCCGGGCCCGGGGGCGGAGCUCGGGCCGGGAGGCCGGCGGAGAAGCGGCUUCGGCCUCGGGCUCGGGCGGACAGGACGCGGGGGACCGGCGGCCGCUUCAGGGUGGUUGGUGAUCAGAAGUGCAGUCCUUGGGCUGCUGCACUAGGAUGUUUCAGCUGGUUGUGAACCAAGGCCCUCCCAUUUCCAGACUACUAACUUUAUAAUUGGUCAGAGAUGGGGCCACAGAGGCUGGUGCCCCAGGAGAGGGACUGGAGCUUCGCGACCACUAGUUUCCUGCUGUUCACCGUGUCUCUGGUGGCAUUUCGUCGUGCUCUUAAGGUGAACCUGGGCUCGGCCGCGGGCUUCCUUCUGCAGGCGUGCGCGGGGGCCCUGGGCGCCAUCCACUCCUGUAGUGGGGAGGCGGCGCCUCUCCUCGCCCGGAGCCAGCGGGAGGCUGGCUGGCUGGCCGCCGUCCUCGGGCUGCCCCUCGUCUCCUUCGGCUUCCACUGGACCAAUCGCGACCUGCUGGCCGCCAACUCAGUGGUGGCCGGCGGCAUCCUGGCCGCCGCCUGCUCGGACCCGCUGGCCAGCGGCGGGCAGGGACCGGCGGUCAGAGCUGCCGUGGCCGCCGCUCUGCUCUCCGUCCUGACCGUCAGCCUCUUCACCGCCAAUGCGUGGGGGGUGGCCGGCAGCCUGGUCACCCUGCUGUCUGUCACGGCCACCGAGCUCUGGCCUGCCGGGCCAUCCUGCCUGAGGGGCCCCUGUGUCCACAGCUUGCUGCUGACCGCCGGCAUUGUAGCACUGCAGCGGGCACUGAGCGCACAGCACACCGCAGAGCCAGCGUGACCCUCUCCUCGUCACAAGUUGUGGAGCAGCCUCCAGAUCCCGACCUCACCAGCCUGACACAGGAUGUUGUGGACGACUUGAUCUCUGCCGUCUGGGCUCCAACACUUGGACAAGCAAGUCGACGGAGAGUCGGUGUGUCAGCAGGGAAGCAAGUGACCGGGACAUCCAUGAAGUGGACUCUCAUCGUCCCCUGCCUGCAGAUUAAUUAACUCAUUGGGAUUAUUGAACUGGAUUUAUUUUAGGAUCAUUAGGACACCAAGACUUAAAUGUUUCAAUCCUCAAUAAAGUUCUGUUUGGUA